AUGGGACCAAAGCGUUUGCCAAACUCAAGCGUCAAUUUCAGCUCUUCAGUUGGGGUCAUCAACGUGCCACCAAUGUAUCCUUCUUCCCGAGAUUUCCUUGAAGAUUUAGGAGUGCAUGAUACCCGUACAGCGUACAGACGGUGUAGGGGCCACUGGCAUGGUCUGGAGGCCAGUCCACAAGGAGAGCGCUUGCACUACAUUGGUGAUUACUCCGUUGCAAUGACAACAAAUGCCCAGGAUCCUAGACUUCGUCAGCUUAAGAUCAAGACCAAUGUCGUUAAAAGAAUAUCUAAAGACAAAGCUAAAUACGAAGAAGAACUAGUUGACCUUCAAAGGGACCUUGAAGAAAAGAAAGCCUCCGGUGCGGAUGAAUACAUGAUCAAAAAAGCAUGCGAGCUCAUUGAUGAAUCCCGAAUGAUGGUCUCGGACUGUUCGAGUCGAUUGGCAAGGGCCGUUGAUGUUUUGACGACAGCCGUUGCAGAUUGCGAGGAUCUGUGCGACCAUGAGGAAUACCAGUUUGCCCAAGAGCUCAUCGCUGGAAGGUCUGGAUCUGACACCUAG